AUGUUAAAAUUUCUAGUUUUGUUCGCUCUAACUACAGAAUAUGUAAUAUGUGCUAAUAUCUUAAUCACAUCUACCGUAGUCUCACCAAGUCAUCAAAAUUGGAAUAGAGUUUUUGCUUUUGGUUUAGUCAAGAGAGGCCACAACGUCACAUUACUGGACUUACAAAACGAUAACGAGCAACAUGCCAACUAUUCUCACUUUAACGUAGAAGGUCCCUACAAUUUGAUGGGAACUAAAUACAAAGUGCCUGAUUUUGCAGAGUACACACCGACUGAAAGUGUUGUCUGGAUACUUAAUAUGGGGUUUGAUACAUGUGCAGAGGCUCUUCGUUCUCAAGGCCUCCAACGACUGUUAAAUUAUCCUCGAAAUUUCAAGUUCGAUUUAAUCAUUUUGGAUGUUGCUUUGCAGUGUUGCUUCUGUCCGUUAAUCCACAGAUUCAACUAUCCUCCGGCAAUUGGCACCACGCCUUGGCCUCUACCAACAUUUCUAACAUGGGAUUUUGGGAAUCCAUUACAAUCGACCUAUAUACCGUGGUACAAUUUUCCAUACGGCGAAGACAUGACCUUAAUAGAACGCUUUUGGAACCACAUUUUCACGUAUAGCGAAAUACUAUUAAAAUCUCGCUUUAUUAAUAAAUUAGAAGAAAAACUGAUAAAAACUUUCGGUGACGAUAUUCCACCUUUGAAGAAGUUAGAGCGUCACAUUUCCUUACUGUUAUCUAACCAUGAUCUCCUACUACAUUAUCCUCAAGCUUUGGCGCCCAAUUUAAUUCCCGCUGGAGGUCUCCAUAUCGCAAGUCCCAAGGAAUUACCGAGAGAGUUGGCAUCGGUUCUAGAUGACGCGAAAAACGGCGUUAUUGUUUUCUCCUUAGGCACCAACAUGCGCUCCGAUUUUUUAAAGAAAAAAUUGCAAAGAUCCCUACUGGAUGCUUUCAGUAACCUAUCAGAAAUCGUGAUAUGGAAAUUCGAAAGCGAGAUGGACAAUCUCCCGAAAAAUGUUAUCGUUAGAAAGUGGUUACCACAGAACGAUAUUUUAGGUCAUCCCAACGUGAAGUUAUUCAUAGGACACGGUGGAGCUUUGAGCACUCAAGAAGCCAUCUACCAUGGAGUACCAAUGAUUUGUAUCCCCUUCUUCCUAGAUCAAAUCGUUCACUCGGGAACGAUCGUUCGCGAGAAAUUGGGGCUUUCUCUCUAUUAUAAAGAAAUUACCACCGAACUUUUUUUAACCCGAAUAAGAGAAGUCUUAAACAAUUCGGUUUAUAGAGAAAACAUGAAAAAACUGUCUAGACUAUACAAAGAUCGACAAGAACAUCCUUUAGAACGAGCAAUUUUUUGGGCGGAAUAUGCUAUGCGUCAUAAUGGAACCCAUAUUUUGGAUAUCCCAGAUCGUGAUCUUUCGUAUUUCCAAACUUUGAGCUUGGAUCUUGUUGCGUUGUUUAUUGUUUUCUGUAUGGUCUCCUGUUUACUACUUUACAAGAUAGUGAAGAUCAUUGUAAGCAAAUUUAAACUUGUAAAAUUACACAUAUUGCUGUAG